AUGUGCAGAUGGUCUUGUACUGGAUGGUGGGCACUGUGUGGAUCCAUCACAGUGUGGUUGCACUCUGGAUAGUGGUGUUUAUAUUCCGUCUGGAGGAGCAUGGACUGACCCAGGCUGCACACAACACUGCCUUUGUCGAGGUGGGCUUGCAGAGUGUUCCGAAUUCCAGUGUGGAGAGAACGAAGAAUGCGAAAUCAGGAACGGUUUUCCAAGCUGUUACUGCAGAGAUGGCUACACCUCUCUCGGAGAUGCCUGCUUCAGAGCUCCUGGGUAUUGCCAGAUCUGGGGUGACCCCCAUUAUGUGACCUUUGACGAUAAGAAAUAUAACUUCCAGGGUGAUUGUGACUACACGCUGGUCAGAGAUUGCCAGAAUUCCAGUGACUACCACCUGUGGUCCAACAAUGAACGGCUGCGCCCAUCUGACAGUGUUUCUUACCUGAGGGAAGUGGUACUUGACCUGAGCGAUAGAAGAUACGCUCUGAUCAAGGGCUUCCAUGUCAGAGUGAAUGGAAGAGAUGUCUCUGAAAACCUGCCUUACAUGGAUGAGCAAGUGUGGAUCUACAGGGAUGUGACAUCCAUGAAUCUGGUAACAGAUUUCUUAUGGGUUAGCUACGAUGGAAUGGACAGUGCUGAUGUGUACCUCAGUUACUUUGCAGGAAGAACUUGUGGCCUGUGUGGAUCCUUUGAUGGAGACCAGAACAAUGAUAUGAUACUUCCUUCAGGAGAAUUGGCAAGAUCAGCAACUGAGUUUGGAAACAGCUGGGUUGCGUACCCUGACCAAUGUGAUGGUGUGGAUCCAGGUCCAACUGACCCUUGUGAGGAUGGAGUGAACAGCUUGUCUGCAUCCAACGAUCUGUGCUAUUAUUUGAAGGAUCCUUCCGGACCAUUUGAAUCCUGCCUUGAGAUCGUGGAUCCAGACGACUACUAUGAUUCGUGCGUCUAUGACGUGUGUCUUACCGGUGAUGAUGCUCUGUGUUCCAGUCUUGCACAAUACGCUCGUGCCUGCAGGAGCAAGGGAGGGAAACCUGGCAGAUGGAGAUUGCUUGUGGAAGAAUGCCCACUGAACUGUCCUUCCAACACUGUGUACGACCCCUGCUUCAGUGGCUGUCCAGCAACCUGUUCCUCUGCUGCGAGCACAUUGUCCUGCAAUACCACUUGCCAGGAAACGUGUAGAUGUGCAGAUGGUCUUGUACUGGAUGGUGGGCACUGUGUGGAUCCAUCACAGUGUGGUUGCACUCUGGAUAGUGGUGUUUAUAUUCCGUCUGGAGGAGCAUGGACUGACCCAGGCUGCACACAACACUGCCUUUGUCGAGGUGGGCUUGCAGAGUGUUCCGAAUUCCAGUGUGGAGAGAACGAAGAAUGCGAAAUCAGGAACGGUUUUCCAAGCUGUUACUGCAGAGAUGGCUACACCUCUCUCGGAGAUGCCUGCUUCAGAGCUCCUGGGUAUUGCCAGAUCUGGGGUGACCCCCAUUAUGUGACCUUUGACGAUAAGAAAUAUAACUUCCAGGGUGAUUGUGACUACACGCUGGUCAGAGAUUGCCAGAAUUCCAGUGACUACCACCUGUGGUCCAACAAUGAACGGCUGCGCCCAUCUGACAGUGUUUCUUACCUGAGGGAAGUGGUACUUGACCUGAGCGAUAGAAGAUACGCUCUGAUCAAGGGCUUCCAUGUCAGAGUGAAUGGAAGAGAUGUCUCUGAAAACCUGCCUUACAUGGAUGAGCAAGUGUGGAUCUACAGGGAUGUGACAUCCAUGAAUCUGGUAACAGAUUUCUUAUGGGUUAGCUACGAUGGAAUGGACAGUGCUGAUGUGUACCUCAGUUACUUUGCAGGAAGAACUUGUGGCCUGUGUGGAUCCUUUGAUGGAGACCAGAACAAUGAUAUGAUACUUCCUUCAGGAGAAUUGGCAAGAUCAGCAACUGAGUUUGGAAACAGCUGGGUUGCGUACCCUGACCAAUGUGAUGGUGUGGAUCCAGGUCCAACUGACCCUUGUGAGGAUGGAGUGAACAGCUUGUCUGCAUCCAACGAUCUGUGCUAUUAUUUGAAGGAUCCUUCCGGACCAUUUGAAUCCUGCCUUGAGAUCGUGGAUCCAGACGACUACUAUGAUUCGUGCGUCUAUGACGUGUGUCUUACCGGUGAUGAUGCUCUGUGUUCCAGUCUUGCACAAUACGCUCGUGCCUGCAGGAGCAAGGGAGGGAAACCUGGCAGAUGGAGAUUGCUUGUGGAAGAAUGCCCACUGAACUGUCCUUCCAACACUGUGUACGACCCUGCUUCAGUGGCUGUCCAGCAACCUGUUCCUCUGCUGCGAGCACAUUGUCCUGCAAUACCACUUGCCAGGAAACGUGUAGAUGUGCAGAUGGUCUUGUACUGGAUGUCUGGAGGAGCAUGGACUGACCCAGGCUGCACACAACACUGCCUUUGUCGAGGUGGGCUUGCAGAGUGUUCCGAAUUCCAGUGUGGAGAGAACGAAGAAUGCGAAAUCAGGAACGGUUUUCCAAGCUGUUACUGCAGAGAUGGCUACACCUCUCUCGGAGAUGCCUGCUUCAGAGCUCCUGGGUAUUGCCAGAUCUGGGGUGACCCCCAUUAUGUGACCUUUGACGAUAAGAAAUAUAACUUCCAGGGUGAUUGUGACUACACGCUGGUCAGAGAUUGCCAGAAUUCCAGUGACUACCACCUGUGGUCCAACAAUGAACGGCUGCGCCCAUCUGACAGUGUUUCUUACCUGAGGGAAGUGGUACUUGACCUGAGCGAUAGAAGAUACGCUCUGAUCAAGGGCUUCCAUGUCAGAGUGAAUGGAAGAGAUGUCUCUGAAAACCUGCCUUACAUGGAUGAGCAAGUGUGGAUCUACAGGGAUGUGACAUCCAUGAAUCUGGUAACAGAUUUCUUAUGGGUUAGCUACGAUGGAAUGGACAGUGCUGAUGUGUACCUCAGUUACUUUGCAGGAAGAACUUGUGGCCUGUGUGGAUCCUUUGAUGGAGACCAGAACAAUGAUAUGAUACUUCCUUCAGGAGAAUUGGCAAGAUCAGCAACUGAGUUUGGAAACAGCUGGGUUGCGUACCCUGACCAAUGUGAUGGUGUGGAUCCAGGUCCAACUGACCCUUGUGAGGAUGGAGUGAACAGCUUGUCUGCAUCCAACGAUCUGUGCUAUUAUUUGAAGGAUCCUUCGUAUCAGUUUGUGGUUAGAGGAAAAGCUGUGAAGAAAUUAUCAAGAUGGGUAGGAGACGAUGGCUGGGAAAUAUAG